AUGGAUGUCAUACCAGGUUUCGAAGAUCUCAAACGUAUUCGAAUUGCCAAACCAGAUGGACAAUGUACGAUUGCUAAUGGUGAGGAAGAAGAAGAACCAGUGAGUCCUAUGGCUCGUUUGUUUCAUGAACCUGGUUGCAACAUUUAUAUCAUUACUAAAAUUGGCUUGAAAACCCAAAUUCUUGAUAUUCAUGCUUUUAAAGCCAAUCUGGGGCUUACUCUGGCGAAACACCCUCGUUUCUCUAGUUUGCAGGUUGUGAGCAAAGAAAGUGGUGGAGAGAUUAAAUGGGUUCAAACAGAGGUGGACAUGGAUAACCACCUUAUAGUCCCCCACAUUGAUUACCCUGAUGAAAAGUUUGUCGAGGAUUACAUCUGCAACCUGAGUAAAUCUACCAUUGACAAGUCGAAACCUAUGUGGGACUUCCACAUCCUCAAUGUCAAAACAUCCGACGCCGAGGCGGUAGGUGUCCUCCGCGUCCACCACUCCCUCGGCGACGGUGCAUCUCUUAUGUCUCUUUUUCUUGCUUGCACUCGUAAAACAUCUGAUCCUGAAGCUUUUCCAAGUUGUACGAUCGUGACAAAAAAAUCGAAUUUGUCAAAAUCUUGGGGGCUUGGUUUUGUUCUGAUGAUGAUGAUGAUGGUAUGGAACACAAUCGUUGAUGUGGUGAUGUUUGUACUCACUGCAUUGUUUUUGAAGGACACGAAAACUCCUCUGAAAGGUCCGCCAGGUGUUGAGAACAAUCCUCGGCGCAUUGUUCAUCGAACAGUUAGUCUGGAUGAUGUGAAGUUGGUGAAAAGAGCCAUGAAUAUUACAAUUAACGAUGUAGUUCUUGGAGUAACAGAAGCUGGCAUUUCAAAGUAUCUCAACAGGAGAUAUGAAGGGUACAAAGGCCAGAUGGGUAACAAGAUCGGUUAUGUCAUCCUCUCCUUCACCAUUGCAUUCCGAGAGGAUCCAUUGGAGUAUGUAAGGGAAGCUAAUGCGAUUAUGAGUCAAAAGAAGACUUCACUUGAAGCUAUUUAUAGUCACUGGAUUGUUAAGUUAAUCCUCAAGUUGUUUGGCAUUAAGGCUGCAGGCAAGCUUUCCCACAAGGUUUUUUCUAACACAACACUGUGGUUCUCAAACGUACCUGGACCCCAAGAAGAAGUUGCGUUUUUCGGCCAUCCGGUAGCCUAUAUUGCUCCGACUUGUUAUGGACAGCCCAACGCACUGAUGAUUCAUGUGGUUAGUUAUGUGGACAAAUUGACGUUCGUUCUAUCAGCCGAUGAAGAAACUAUUCCAGACCCACAUCAGCUGUGUGAUGAUCUUGAAGAUUCACUCAAGCUCGUCAUGGCUGCCGUCAUAGCAAAACAAACCCACAAGGUGUGA